GUUAUUUCGUUCUGCAGCCAGAUAAGUAACCGAGCAAGGUUGAGAGAUUGAGUCAUCGGACAAUCCAGCUUUUUUACUUGGUUUUACUUUAUUUUGCAGGGUUUUUUCUUUAGUUUGCAGGUUAGACUUUGUGUAGUCACAACAUCAGGUGCAAAUAAAACUCCUAGAAGAACUGAUAUCAGCAGAACAUGAGUUGUUAGGACAGGUCAGUUGGCCUCCUACAGUACCCAAAGCAAACAGAGCUCUCUGGUGUAACAGAAAGUGGCAGAGGGCAUUAGAGACACGAACAUCCCCAGGAUCCCAGUCAUUCAUUUAAAACAACUUUCAAGGGAGAAGGUAGUUGAACUAGCUAUAAGCAAAUGUUUAAAAAAAUAGGUGAAAUGAAACACCUUGACAUACAGAGCAAGGCUCACCCUUGAAACACAAAAAAUUAGGGUUGGUACAUCUUUCACUCUGAAACAGCUGUUAGCUGCACAAGUCCUCAUCUUUCCAAGCAUGGUCUCACCUGCUCUUUUUUUUUCUUUUUUUUUUUUUUCUGUUACUGUUCUCCUACUUUGCACUCAAAUCACCUGGCUUCCCCACUGCUUGCCCAUGAUGACACCAGUGAAAAGACCAACUUCCUGCUGUAAGCUUUGUGCUCAGCCAUGGAGCAGCUGGGAACAUCCCAGUCUUUCACCAACAAGGCGCUGAAGUCUCUGCUGUCACUCGGUGAGGACAGACCUGUGCAAGGCACCAGGCAUGACGGAAGAAGUAGGAAUGCUCCCGGAACAGCUCUCUGCAGCGUCUUUGCUGAUGGUGGCUCUACUUUGCUGGAGAAGUUGUCCCCAGUGUCCAGACAGAUGCCAUCCUGUCCCUGUCCCUGAUGGAACUCACUGAGAGACUGCGGGAAGGGUCUCUGUCCCCCAGGACUGUCCUCUACACCUACUUAGAGAAGGCCCUGGAAGUGACCCAGCAGACAAACUGCUUGCGACAUUUUAUCCCAGAGUGUGAGGAGCAGCUCCAGGAAAUACAACGGCAGAAGGAGAAAGGGCUGCUCUAUGGCAUCCCCGUCAGCAUCAAGGAUCACAUCAGCCACAAGGGUCACCUGUCAACCUGUGGGCUUGUGCAAUGCCUGGACACUCCGGUGCAGGAGGACAGCGUCCUAGUCAAGGUUUUGAAGAGUCAAGGGGCCAUCCCAUUUGCAAUGACCAACGUGCCGCAAUCCCUCUUCAACUACGACUGCAGCAAUCCCAUCUUUGGCCAGACCUUGAACCCUCUCAACCACCAGAAGAGCCCUGGGGGCUCCUCGGGAGGGGAGGGAGCUCUGAUCGCAGGGGGAGGCUCCAUCCUGGGCAUCGGCUCGGACGUGGGUGGCAGCAUCCGCCUGCCAUCCAGCUUCUGCGGGCUCUGCGGGCUCAAACCCACGGCCGAAAGGCUCAGUCUGUCUGGAGUGAGUGGCUCAGUCAGUGGGAUCCUGGCAGUUCCUUGGGUGCUGGGGCCGAUGGCGAGAGAUGUGGACAGCCUGGCCCUGUGCAUGAAGGCGCUGCUCUGUCAGGAGAUGUUCCAGCUGGACCCCACCGUGCCCCCCAUCCCCUUCAAUGAGGAGGUGUACUCCAGCUCCGCUCGCCUGCGGGUCGGGUACUACGACACAGACGGCUACUUCCCACUGCCCCCCUGCAUGCGGCGGGCGGUGCGGGAAACGCGGGAGGCUCUGCAGGCAGCUGGGCACCAGCUGGUGCCCUUUUCUCCACCACGGAUCCACUAUGUCAUGACUGAACUGUUUUUGAAGACGUUUUUUGCUGACGGAGGCCGUGCUUGGUUGGACGUGUUCACAGGAGGUAUUGUAGAUCCAAGCUUGAAAUCACAGGUGAAUUCCUGCAAGAUCCCAAGGCUGGGGAAGAAGCUGCUGGCUCUGAUUCUUAAACCUCUGUUUCCCCGCCUGGCUGACUAUCUGAGCGCCUUAGGCGGAAUGAGGUCAGUGAAGGAAAUGUGGAAUCAUCACCAUCAAAUAGAGGCGUACCGCACCGAGUUCAUCGCCCGGUGGAGGGAACUCCGGCUGGAUGUUGUGCUGUGCCCUGUCCUGGGGCCUGCCUUCACCACGGGAUACGCCGGGAAACUCCUCACUGCCAUCUCCUCCACGAUGCUGUACAACGUCUUGAACUUCCCCGCUGGGGUUGUACCCGUCAGCACAGUGACAGAAGCUGAUGAGGAAGAGCUAAAGCUUUACCAAGGAUACUGUGAUGACCCCUGGGACCAGGCGCUGAAACAGGCCGUGGCAGGAGCCGUGGGGCUGCCCGUGGCCGUGCAGUGCGUGGCCUUGCCGUGGCGGGAGGAGCUGUGCCUACGGUUCAUGAAGGAGGUGGAGACCCUCGGCCGCGAGAAGAGAGCGGCAUAGCCUCCACAGUCCCACGCUCGCAGGGCCAGAGGCAAGGCGAAACGGACAGUGCUGCACGACUUCUCUUUUGCAACUGGCAGUGCAGAGAUUACAGCGAGGAGGGAAGGAGGAAGGAAAAGCCAUUUCCUGACCCCCCUCCUUGUCAAUAAGCACAGAUCCUGUAAGGAACCAAGAUGCCAUGCAGAGGGCAGCAUUGGCUUAAGCUGGGUUCAAAUGAUGCUAAAUCUAUGAACUGCACCUUCCUGGAAGCAGGGACAUGGAUGGGGGUUCACCCUCAUUUUCAUCUAUGCUGCCCUCUUGCAGAAGCAGCAGGGUGAUGCUGAGAGAAAAGGAUUACAAAAGCUCAAUAGUAUUUUCUUGCUGGCACUGGAGUAACUUCAUAUGGAUGUAACAAUGGGCUGCCCUGUAAGGAAUACAGCCAUGUCUACCCUCCCCAUCACUGUAUUUUGCUCACAAAAAUAAAAAUAUAGCUGUUAAGCAACUC